AUGAAUUUACUCAAUGAGCUUGAACAAUUGGCGGAUACUUCUAUCUACAAGGAGGAUGGCGAAAUCGACACAGUUAAAAUGUGGCAGGAGCGCUUUGGAUAUAGUUAUGAAGAGGCAGCGGCGUUAACGGCGGCUACGAAAUUAUCAGAUGACGCGGUUGUACGGGAAAGAAGCUUGUCGCCAGCAGAGGCGCGAAGAUUAUAUAUUCUCAAACUGGAAGGUCCAAUCGACAAUGCGGCAAAGGUCCAAGUUGCCGGAGAUCUCCCCACUAUUCCAGAAAUAUAUCACGACGAAGGAGAGGGGGCCCGUAGCAUCUUUUGCAAAGUUGAUGGUCGUGCAAAAGUGACCAUUGAGCAUUGGCUUUCGAGCCAGAAAUCAUCAUUCCGGCCCCUCUUUGUCCCCGUUGGAGCAGCAUAUAAGGAACUCUCACCAGACACCCUAUAUCCAACCCUUGGCAAAGACACAACCCUUCCCCAGUUCCGCCCUCAAGCUCCCUUGGCUUCGGCGCCUACCCAAGACCAGUAUCCGGUCUGGUACUUUUUCUACGGCACUCUUGCUAGCGUCCCAAAGCUAGUCAGCCUCUUCUCUCUCCGCGAAGACGACGACGACGAUAUUCCGGUAUUACGAAAAGCGAGUGUCAUCGGCGGGGAAAUGAAAACUUGGGGCCAGGGAAAGUACAAUGCUCUGGUUGAUGGACAACAGAGAAUUCAGGGUUCUGCAUAUCAUGUUCGGACGAAGGAUCAUGAAGAUGCCCUUCGGAAAUACGAAACAGAGGCAUACGAGGUGGUAAGGUGUUCAAUUGAUUUGGAGGACGGUUCAGUCGUACAGGGAUGUACGUUUAGAUUCACUGGGGAGGUCGAUUGA